AUGUUGAUUUUGGUUACUCAAGGGCUCUCAACGUUAGUUCAUACUUCACAGUCUCCAAUUUCAAUUAGGGUUCGUAUUUUCUUCCCCUUUCUGGUAACUCGAUCAAGUCCCAGGAAAAAUCCGGCUUCUGGAGUUUGUAGCUUGAAGAAUCUCGCGGCAAUGAAGAAAUUUAGUCAGAGAGAUGAGCAUGAGACUGAUAAAACGAAUAGCUCCAAGUCGACGGAGACGAAUAGGAAGAAGAACAUGAAGAGAUUAGGAGGCGGUGGUCUUUCUCUCCAAACUUUUGCUAAUUUGAAAUCCUGGACUGUAACUGGGUUUGUCUCUGUGAUGCGUGUACGAUGCUUAGAAGAAAAAAAGAAAAAAGAGUUCUACAAGAAUGCAAAGUAUGUGAGCAAGUUUAGAAAGUCGGUGAAGCAGCAUAACUUGUAUGAUAAGAAUGAGACUGGAGAGAGUAGUAAGAGAAUUAGUAUGGAAGAGGUGUACAUGCAGAAACGAGAGGAGAUGGAGAAAGUCAGGAAGGAGAGAGAGGCGACGAUAAAGGCUAAAAAGGAAGCGAAAGAAGAGGCCGAAGCUCGGAGGAAAAUAGCCCGAGGGAAUAUGAUGAGAAAGACUCGACAUGGUCAACCUGUAAUGAAAUACAGAAUAGAGCAUCUUCUCGAAUCAAUCAAGAAAUCUGCUGGAAACGAUGGAAGCAGAACCGCAUGA